AUGAUUCUUACUCCAGACAGUAGUGCGCAGGACACGCUGGUCACAUCACCCGCACCUGAAUUGCUGAUUCCCAACGUAUCCUCGCACGAUUCUCGCGCGUCCACCGUGCCGCGUGUACCCAGUCGAGGCAUGUCUAGUCCAUAUCACGUGAUGCAGUUAGCAGAUCAUCAUCUUAGUCCUAAUAUGCCGACGAUGGAUUCGACUGUUUCUUCCGCUAAACCCGAGCCUGAACUUAACAUAGAAUUCGACGGGACCACCGUGUUAUGCCGGGUCUGCGGUGACAAGGCAUCCGGUUUUCAUUAUGGAGUUCACUCCUGCGAGGGAUGCAAGGGUUUCUUUCGUCGGAGCAUCCAACAAAAGAUUCAGUAUCGUCCGUGCACCAAGAAUCAACAGUGCAGCAUCCUCAGAAUCAACAGAAAUCGUUGUCAAUAUUGCCGUCUCAAAAAGUGCAUCGCUGUCGGCAUGAGUCGUGAUGCGGUACGAUUCGGCCGCGUGCCUAAGCGUGAGAAGGCCAGGAUUUUGGCUGCUAUGCAGCAGAGCUCCCAUAGCCGUUCUCAAGAAAAGGCGGUAGCGGCCGAGCUGGAGGAUGAACAACGUCUGCUCACAACCGUAGUGCGAGCCCAUAUCGACACAUGCGACUUCACCAGGGACAAAGUGGCCCCAAUCCUCGCCAGAGCCCGCGAGACUCCCAACUACACUGCAUGUCCACCAACCUUGGCAUGCCCCUUGAAUCCUAAUCCGCAACCAUUGACCGGGCAGCAAGAGUUACUACAAGACUUCUCCAAAAGGUUCUCGCCGGCCAUACGCGGUGUCGUGGAAUUUGCGAAGCGCAUACCUGGAUUCAACCUACUGGCACAGGACGACCAGGUCACUUUAUUGAAGGCUGGCGUUUUCGAGGUGCUGCUCGUAAGACUGGCCUGCAUGUUCGAUGGUCAAACGAACAGUAUGAUCUGCUUAAAUGGCCAAGUGCUCAAACGGGAGUCCAUCCAUAAUAGCAGUAAUGCGCGAUUCCUAAUGGACUCGAUGUUCGACUUCGCGGAGAGAGUCAAUUCCUUGCGAUUAUCCGACGCUGAAUUGGGACUAUUCUGUUCGGUUGUGGUGAUCGCCGCCGACAGACCUGGGCUUCGCAAUACCGAGCUGGUCGAACGUAUGCACAAUAAACUUCGAAACGCUUUACAGACAGUACUAGCACAGAACCAUCCCCAGCAUCCUGAUAUACUCCGCGAACUAUUAAAAAAAAUACCCGACCUAAAAACUCUGAACACCCUCCACUCUGAAAAGUUGCUGGCUUUCAAAAUGACUGAGCAGCAACAGCAAUUGCAAGCUCAGCAACAACAUCAACAGCAACAACAAACACAACAUGUCAUAACUCCUCAACAACAGGCACAUUGGCCAAUGGAAGAAGAACCUCCGGCUUCUUGGGGAUCUGCUUCAGAUGUAACUUUAGACGAAGCAGUAAAGAGUCCACUGGGUAGCGUGUCGAGCACCGAAAGCACCUGCAGCGGCGAAGUUGCCUCCUUGACGGAAUAUCACCCUGUAGCACCAGCCAGUGGUCACCAUGCGUCGAGCGCGCCUCUUCUAGCUGCUACCCUAGCCGGUGGACUCUGUCCGCAUAGACGACGUGCGAAUUCUGGCAGUACUAGUUCCGGCGAUGACGAACUUCAUCGUUCUACUAUAUCGAAGACUCCACAGCCGCCACAGUGUCGCAGUUUUCGUAAAUUGGAUUCGCCAAGUGAUAGCGGAAUUGAGUCUGGUACCGAGAAACCUGACAAACCGGCCAGCAGCAGUGCCAGCAGCGCUCCUACAUCUGUGUGCUCGAGUCCACGCUCAGAGGACAAGGAAGUCGAGGACAUGCCGGUGCUGAAACGUGUGCUUCAGGCACCACCUUUGUAUGAUACCAAUUCACUGAUGGACGAAGCUUACAAGCCCCACAAAAAGUUCCGCGCUUUGCGCCAGAAGGAUAGUGCCGAGGCUGAGCCGGCCGUAAUAGUUCAGCACACGCAGUCUCAAUUGCAUCUGCACUUAACUUCGCCACCAGCGCGCAGUCCGCCCACUCAAACGACACAAUCCCAGUGCCCGCAAACCGCGAGUUUGCUCAGCAGCACGCAUUCCACUCUCGCGAGAAGUCUGAUGGAGGGCCCGCGGAUGACAGCAGAGCAACUGAAGCGUACAGACAUCAUACAUAACUAUAUAAUGCGGGGCGAGGCUAGUCCCAGAUCUCCAACAGCAUCGCCUUCACCCGCGGAACAAUGCGCAUCGACAACUACCAUAACUGCACGUUCAACGCAAGGAUCUCAAGGUCUCCUGCAAUGCGCUACCACGAGUUAUUCGAACAGAUGGCCGGCCACCUCGGUGAUCACGACGACAACAGGUGCGCGACAACAGCAGCAACAGCAGUCUUCCUCGGACUAUCUCGCUGUUGUCAACUCUCCAGCUUCGUCUCCGCGGUACCUUUCCGCGGCAGCAACUAGUAGUACGAGCACGAGUCCAAGACCAACGUCGAGUACGGCGGCUACGUUAUCGGUGUUAUCGGGCUGUCCGAACAUGAUGGAGCUGCAGGUUGAUAUCGCGGACAGUCAGCAACCGCUGAACUUGUCCAAGAAGUCACCAUCGCCAUCACCAUCACCCAGACCGCUUGUUGGACCCUGCAAGGCCCUCUCUCUCGAAGCGUAGUGUUCUCGCGAGCUCGAGUGAUUUCCCGUAACAUGCACUGACGUGCGCGCGCGCGAAACCGGGAUGUUUGAUCCAUUAAUCAUCAACCGGUGGAAACUCGUCGCGACGCGAUACAACCUUCCCCGGCUCUUAACUAGAAACGAAAGUGCCAGGACGCUCUGAGCGCGUGACAAACCAAAUAAUUUAUUAAUUUAAACUACUUAUCGCUAAAAUCACGCGAAAAAAGGAGGUGGAGGUUACGGAGGAAUGGACAGGGUACAUCUCCGUGUAUAAUCACGAGGAAGACAGACAUUCUGUGGCGAGUUGUUUUUUUCGAGUGCGCGAAAUGACGAUGAACGGACACUUGUAUAAAAGUGCCGAUUCGACGAAAGCAACAGUGCUGUGUAGGAGAGCCACCUAUCCACCUAAAACCACCUAUCUACCUGUCUACCUACCUAAAACCUAUCUACUCUAGGUGUAUAUCUAGAAGAUAGAGUAUCUGCGAUGGAAAAAAGAAAGGUUGAGUGUUACAGAAAUUAAUAAUCUAUCUACAUGUGAUAAUCAUGGAAAUCGCGCAUUCUGUACAGUCUCCACCUCAUUCAUUGAUCAUCUACUCUACUAUAAUUAUUAAAUAUUAUAAAACUAAUUAAUAUUAUUGUAAUAUGUGUAAGGUAUCAUAACCGUAAAAAAUUAUCAUUUCGUGUACGUGUAGAAAAAGAUGCGUAUGAUACUCUUGCAUGAAUGAUGAGAGGCAGACAUACAGAAUGAAUGGGGAAAGAGAGAAUGAAUGACGGAUGAGCGUGCUUGUGCAAAUGAAUCGGGGCAAAUCGAAAAGCUUCUUGAUCGCGGUGGCAACCGAGAAUGAAGAUCGCGUACGCGAUCUUAAAGAAUUAAGCGUUUUGUUAUGAGACUGAUCGGCCCGCCGCGGCCACCAGUUUGCAAUUACCGUACCUUUAUAUUACAUGUCGUGUCUCUUCGUCGGGAAGACGACGCGAGAAGUAAUUGUAUCCUCUAAUCGCGUCGUAUAGCGAGAUAGGUAUCGUAGGCCCGCUUAAACGCGUUAUACAAUAUUAUGUGUUGUGUGUGCAUGCAUGAAAGUCAGAUUAGAUAGAUCGAGACGGGAUUGCGAAAGAGAAAGCGAGGAAAAGGUAGUGAGUGAGAAAAGGAAGAGAUAGAUAGAAAGGGGAAGAAGGAGAAAGAGAAGAGCCGCGGAGCGCUCGAGCAAAACGGAGUUCCGAGUAGAACUUCGAAACGCAAUGUAAAUAGUAGAUUUGUAAGGCUAUGUGCUGGUAGGCGCGAGUGAACCUCUUCUGCUUCGAAAAAAAAAAUCGUGAGGAAAAGUUAGAAGAUACGCGGUGGGCCGCCGCCGACGUGUUGUUGAGACGCCCGCCCCGCCCCCUUCCCUUUAAUCACCCAGCAUAUCCCAGUUUCAGCAUGAACAUCGCAUCGAAUACGCAUACAUUCACAACACGCUGAGUUGCGAGCGAGUAAACCGAUCUUGAAACAGUUGUAGAAAAACACACUUAUGCCUCCUUUCAAGAUGGACUAGAUUCUCUUGAUUCGAUCUAGAAGGAGCCCACUUUAACCACGUUCAUUUUGAGUUUCGUAUUAGUUCGGUUCUCAAAUUAACGAUUUAAAUAGAGCUGCAAUGAACAGUUCGGUCGGAUUAAAGGGAAUCUACUCGUCGAGGAAUGGGGUAUUAAAAGCACAUUCAAUCUUCCGGCUAGAAAUAUAGCCUAGCCAGUUGUAUUCCUAAACACCCAUCCCUUCCCCAGCUUAGAGGCCUCUAUAUUUAUUAUAUCUAAAGAGAGAAUGCAUUUCCUUCGCCGUGUCGCAUGUAUCACAUCCACCCGUUUGUCCAAGCGAAUCUUCGUAGAAUCCUUCUGUCCAUACAAAAACACGCAUACACAACAUAAGAUGGAUACAUUUACACAUGACAGCAACAUAUAUGCACACUGAGCGAACACUUAUUCUUGUCCUCCUCCCCCCUCCCCCGCAGACAACCUAGCGUUGAUAUUCGUAAUACUUGUUAUGCAUAAACUACACAUAAUUAUUAUA